AUGCAGACACCCACCCUUGCAGCGGGAGUUGCGCCGGCCGCGCUCGGUUGGACGAUCGCUCAUCGCGAACGACUCCUUGAAAUGCAUCUUCCAACUCCGCUCCGCACCCCAUCCACAUGCACGUGUCUCAUCAGCACACCGGAACACAAUCUGCACACUCUCACGGGCACGUCACAGUCAGAUUUUACAACUGCGGUACCGUCAGUCGCGCCGCAAGCUUUUAGAGUUCGCCGGAAUGUGACGCAUUCUCGAUUUCAACCGAGUGUCGACGGCGAUGUCGGCGACUUAACAACACGUAAACGUUUCAUUAGGCGUAAACCGAUGCGACAGUCAGCUUCGGGCGUGGACUGGCGCGCGAUGCGAGCGGCCGCCGCCGCCGCCUCCGCCGCGAGACCGGACUUCGCGUCUCGGAGCGAGGAUACGGGAAUCGGCUUCGGCGCAAUACCCGUCACGAAAAUAAUAGGAACAGCGAGUGCACCUCGGAGGCGCGACGCGGCGCGGUCGGUGCGAGCGAGACGCGGAUAA